UAGAAAAUACCUUAUUUAAAAAGUCAACUACAUGGCAAAUUAUUGCACCCUAUUUUGAAAGUUAAAUCUAAAUGCUAAGCAGAUUUGGAGAAAUGCAUUCCUCGAGAAUUCUGACGGCUGGGAUCUUUUGUUUUCUUUUUGUAAGUUAUGCAUAUGGUCAAGGUCCCAAGGAUCCAAAAGACUACAAAGUAGGAGAACCUAAUUUUAGCCUUCAGGGACAAGGUGGAGGAAAAAAUCUUCGCAAUUUCGGUGCUGGCUACAAUGCUGGCGUUGGCACCAAAGUCUGGGAAAGUAAAAACAGAGAUAGAAGCUUAGAACUUGGUGUGAACUACGGACAAAGUGUAUUUCGUCAUCAAGGACAUACCUUCAAGAGUAAACCACAAUACGGUGUUGGUGGCACCUUUAGAUGGGGAAAGAAAUAAAGGAUUUAGCAUCAUUUUAUGAGAUAUUUCGAAUAUAUAAUGAAGCUUGUAUUUUCUGAAGUGUUGAACCUGCAGGUUUCAAAUAAAAUUUCUUCCUUUUAA